CACAGCGGCGCGCCGGGCGCGGAAGAGGACCCAGUCGCGACCGCGUCCCCCUCAGGUCCUUGAGCCGGUCCCGACAGAGGAGCGAUGGCCUUGAGGUUGCUGAGAGUGGUCCCCGCGUCUGCGUCGGCUCGGGGCCUGGCGGCGGCCGCCCACCGCGUGGGAGGAAUUCAUACAAGUGUACAGUGCAAACUACGGUAUGGCCCUUUGGCCUACAUUCUUGGUGAAAGAACAACCAAAAGAUUCACAGAACACAGCAAAGUGAUAACUGUAGACGGCAAUAUAUGUUCUGGAAAAGGCAAGCUCGCAAAAGAAAUAGCAGAGAAAUUAGGCUUAAAGCACUUCCCAGAAGCAGGGGUGCAUUACGCAGAUAGCACCACAGGAGAUGGGAGGGCCUUGGACAUAGAGCUCAGUGGCAGCUGCAGCAUAGAGAAGUUCUACGACGACCCGAAGAGUAACGACGGCAACAGCUACCGCCUGCAGUCCUGGCUGUACGCCAGCCGCCUGCUGCAGUACGCCGAUGCUCUGGAGCACCUGCUGAGCACAGGACAAGGCGUUGUGUUGGAGCGCUCCAUCUUCAGUGACUUCGUGUUCUUGGAGGCGAUGUACAACCAAGGCUUCAUCCGAACGCAGUGUGUGGACCACUACAACGAGGUGAAGAAGGUCACUAUCAGCGAGUACCUGCCCCCUCAUGUGGUCAUCUACAUCGACGUGCCGGUUCCAGAGAUCCAGAGUCGGAUUCAGAAGAAAGGAAAUCCACAUGAAAUGAAGAUUACCUCCGCCUAUCUGCAGGACAUCGAGAACUCCUACAAGAAGACCUUCCUGCCAGAGAUGAGUGAGAAAUGUGAGGUGUUACAGUACAGUGCAAGGGAAGCUCAAGAUGCAGAGAAGGUGGUAGAGGACAUCGAGUACCUCAAGUACGACAAAGGGCCAUGGCUUGAGCAGGACGACCGCACUCUUCACCAUCUGCGGAUGCUGGUUCAGAAUAAGCUGGAGGUGCUGAAUUAUACAACCAUUCCCAUCUACCUCCCAGAAGUCACAAUUGGAGCUCACCAGAGUGACCGUCUCUUCCAGAAAUUCACAAAGGUGAGAUUUGGAAACCAGCUGCCGGGCCGCAGGUACUGCCCUGGGUACAAUGCGGACGUGGGUGACAAGUGGAUCUGGCUGAAGUGACGGGUCAUCCUCCACGCUCUACACUGCGACAGCGAAGAGGUUUCCAGUCUGACCUGCUCGUAUGGACUCCCAUGUGGCUUUAGAGUGGGGUGGGGGGUGGAUAGUAGUAAAUGACCUGAAAGUGUCACCGUGGGAGAAACGGCCCGGCCAGGAGCAGGCUUCCCUGAGGAGUGUCUGGGCGCAGGAUGGGCCUCUUGCUUUGGGAGGGUUCGCAGCCUGCUGGCUCUGUUGGGCAAUGAUCCAUAGUUACCACGGGGAAGAAAAAUCUGCUAUUAAAGACCAGACGUGAGUAGAA